GGCUGGAGCCCUCAGCUGGCCAGCUGAGGAGGGAGGGGGCCGGGCUGGGGGCAUGGAGAACCCACCGUCCUAGUGCAGGGAAGGAGAUUCCAGUGAGGGGAAUGGCUUCUGGUGGUACAGGGAGGUUUUCCUAUCACUAUGAUGGCUUGUGGAAGUCUAGGGAAGCUUCCAUAGCGCUACAAUGUCUUCUGGCAGUACAGAGAGGUUUUCAUAGCACUACAGGACUUAUGGCAGCAUGGGGAGGCUUUAUUACCCAAAAGUUUAGACACUAAUUAAGCUUCCAUUUCACCUGACAUUUGUCCACUGAGUAAGGCCUACACUAUCUUGGUACACUGCAGGAGUCACACAACUGAUAUGGGCAGGGGAUAGCCAGCAAAUUACUGUGGGCACCUCAGACUUUCUUUUCUAGGGAAGACUUUCUCCUACUGCCUAAGAGCCUCUAGUCUUUGAACUUUAUUUCCCAAGACGAAACCAAGAAGAGGAAACCUUUGCAACACUUCCUCCCUUCCUCCCAGAAGAAUGUAUUUUUUGGAGAUCCUGGCUUUUCUAGGACGAAUUACUGGUGAGACUUUCUUUCAUCAUUAUGAAAAUGGAAAUUUCACACUUACGUGCAAUGGAACAGUGGCUGAUGGGAAGAAGGAAACAGUUUGGUAUGAAACUGAAGAAUCUCUGCAACAAUUCCAAGUAAUCAGCUGCAGUAAUCAACAGCCCAAAGUAAUCAACGGACCAAACAAAUGCUCUGAUAAAACAAAGUGUACAAACCGAUUAUCAAAUUCUGCUUCCAAAGCAGGUGGGAUAUUUGCAUGUGAGCAAUUUACAAAUACUGGAACAUCACAGACUUGCCCACUUUUUACCAAUGUGACUCACUGCAGACAUUAUAACUUUUUUAUUGUGGUGAUAAUAAACCUGACUGCAGAUAAGGAGACAUUUGAGACCAUUCCGGCAAAAUCACACGAUAAUCAUUUAAUAGAAGAAGAAAGUAACAUCACUCUCUCUUGUGAAUUUCAAAUGAAGCACUCAGGACAAACAUUUGUUAUAUAUUGGAUCAAAUAUACAGAAACAAGCAAAUGCCUGUUUUCUGCUGCAAGAGAGCCAUAUACUUUCUCAUAUAAUACACAUUGCUGUAUUGAUGAGAUGAUCAAAGGACGACUAUUGAACUAUAUAAGCUUAGAUUCAUAUGAGAAACAUGUCGUCCAUAAUAUAACUAUCUUGAAUGUUACUGACUCUGAUAGUGGAACUUAUUUAUGUGUUGUAAAUACCUGGUCAAGAGGUAAACAUGUGUGGAAGAUUGCAAAUAACCUUUCAAGAGAAGUGAGGAAUCGAGUCAUUCCAUCCUCUGCUUCCAUGCCAUUGUAUGCCACCACUGGAUUGAUCGUAGGGAUUAUUAUCAUCAGUGGGAUAGCAUGGUUGAUCUAUAAAAAGAAAAUGAAAUCAAAAGGAAAGCCAUCUGCACAACUUCCCAGAGCUCAGGCUGCUCUUGAAAUUUCAGGAGAUGAAUGUUCCCUGUACAGAAUGAGCAGCAGCAAAGACUUGCAAACAUAUGAAGUGUUGUGUUUAAGCCCAUAUGAUGACCCAAAUGCAGCCUACUGUACAUUGGAUAACACUGCAGCAUCUGGCAAGGGGCCAGGAGAUGAAGAGUAUGAUAUAACCUAUGAAGUGGUGCCACAAUAGCUGUUCCUGAGCUGGAGGAUGGACGUUGGUUUGAAAAUGACUAUCAACUUUUGGCUGAUUUUAGGGGAAAAAACCCAGCAUAGUAGCCUUGACUACCCAGUUUUGACUAUUCAAUGAGCUAUCUUACAAAAUAUUAUGAGAUAGAUCCUCUAAUGAUAUAAAUUCUCAUAGCUCCAUUAUGAAGCUAUGACAGUUUGCACCAGAGAAACAUAGGAAUUGUCACACUCAGACCAUUUAUCCAUUUCAUUCAGAAUCCUGUCUCCAGCAGUGGCCUUCACCAGAUGUGUCAGAAGUAGAUGCAAGAAUCCCUAUAAUGGACAAUUAUGGCACAACUUUCUCACAGGGGAAGUUUCUUCUCAACAUCUAUCAGCUAGAGAUUGGCUAUCCCCUGAAGCAAGAGGGUUUUAUAGCUCUCAGACAUCUUAUCCUAUCUCAUGUAACUUUAUUGUUAGUGUAUGAAAACCCGUAUAAAUGAAUGAUUGCUUUAGGAACAAAGAUCUUUAUUUUCCUCCAGUUUUACACUGGUGUGAUUCUGUUGGCUCCACUGGAAAGACUCCUGCUUUACAUUGGUAUAAGUGCAGAGGUGCAGCCCGGCUUCCCCAGGCAGCAGUUUAAAGGCAGCGGCUGGAGCCCCAGGCCCUUUAAAUUGCAGCCAGAGCCCUGCUGCUGGAGCUCUGGGGUAGUGGGGCUCUGGG